AUGGCUCCCGACCUGCCGCUCUUCCUCCUCACGCUCGGGCUGCUCGUCUUCGGGCUGGUCAUGCUCUACAGCGCCUCGGCCAUCGUGGCGGACGCCAGCGACCGCAGCCCCUCCUACUUUCUGGGCCGCCAGUCGGUCUGGGCCGCACUGGGCUGCCUGGCGAUGAUCGCGGUCGCCCGUUCGGACUACCGGCUCCUGAAUCGUCCGGCGGUGGUGUGGGCGGUGUACGGGGCGGUCAUCGUGUCGCUCUUCGCCGCCCUGCUGUCGCCUUCGAUCAACGGGGUGCACCGCUGGGUGCAGGUCGCCGGCUUCUCCCUCCAGCCCUCCGAGCCGGCCCGGCUCGGGCUGGUGCUGGCGCUUGCCCAUCUGCUCGCCAUCCAGCGCGCCGACUCCUUCCGCACCUUGUUGCUGCCGCUCGCCUGUACCGGAUUUCUCGCCAGCCUGAUCUAUCUCCAACCCGAUCUCGGGACGGCGACCCUGUUGGUGGUCGUCGGGGCGGCGGUGAUCUUUCUGGGUGGGGCGCGUCUCAGGCACCUCGCCGUCCUGACGGCGGUCUGCGUUCCCCUCUUUGUGGCCGGAGUGCUGGCCGCCGACUACCGGGUCGCCCGGAUCCUCACCUUUCUCGAUCCCUUCCGGGAUCCGCUCGGCGACGGAUUCCAGUUGAGCCAAUCGCUCAUCGCUCUCGGCAGCGGCGGCGUCACCGGCGUGGGUUUCGCCGCCAGCCGCCAGAAACUUCUCUAUCUUCCCGAGCCCCACUCCGACUUCGUCUUCUCGGUCGUCGGCGAAGAACUGGGCUUCAUCGGGGCCGGGCUGGUGGUGGUCUUCUUCCUCCUGUUCACCAUCCGCGGCCUGGUCGUUUCCUGCCGGGCGCCGGACCGCUUCGGCAUGCUGCUCGGAGCGGGCGCCACCUUGACCAUCGCGUUGCAGGCGUUUUUGAACUUCAGCGUUGCGACCGCGAUCCUUCCCACCACCGGGUUGCCGCUCCCGUUCGUGUCCGCCGGGGGUUCCGCGCUCGUCACCACCUUGUUGGCGGCGGGGCUGGUGCUGUCGGUUUCGCAGAGGGUUCCAUGA